AUGCAGCGUGAAACUUUAAUACUUGAAGAUGAAUCUGAAUUCAGUGGUUUUGUAUUUGGAGCGUCAACUAAUGCUACCGAUGAAGUCAUCUUUCAAACUGGCAUGGUUGGUUAUAUUGAAUUAUUGACUGAUCCAUCUUAUUGUAGACAAAUUCUAGUCCUUAUUUUUCCACUUAUUGGCAAUUAUGAUGUACCCGAUGAAAAAGCUGUUGAUGAUUUUGGUAUACAGCGAUGGAUUGAAUCAAAUAAAAUCUAUGCAUCAGGAUUAAUUCUAAAAAAACAUAAUGUUCCUGGUCUUUAUGGAAUUGAUACACGUAUGUUAACUAAAAACCUUCGUGAAUAUAGAACAAUACUUGGAAAAAUUAUUAUGAAAGGAACUGAUCCAGCAUCAAUUCCAUUUCAAGAUCUAAAUAUAGAUAAUCUUAUGAUACAAGUUUCUAUUCAAAAACCAUAUAUAAUCAAUCCAACAGGAAAAAUAUCUAUUGCUUGUAUUAAUUGUGGUAUGAAAAAUAAUCAAUUACGAAUUUUAUGUCAACUCGAAUUUGAUGGUUUAUUUUUGAGUAGUGAUCCUGGUGAUCCACAAACUCAAUAUCCAGAAACUAUUACAAUUAUUGAAUCAUGGAUUACAAGUGAAACUAUUAAACCGGUAUUUGGUAUUGGUCUUGAACAUCAAGCGUUAGCUGCUGGAAUGAAAAUAAUAAAACUUAAAUAUGGAAAUCGAGGCAUUAUUCAUGAUUCAAAACCAUUUUUUAGUGUUCAAUUUUAUCCAGAAUAUUGUGCUGGACCACGUGAUACAGAAAAUUUAUUUCAAAUAUUUCUUGAUGUUAUUCAAUCAUAUAAAUCAACUAAAUCAAUUAAUGUCGAAACAUAUUUAGUUGAACAAUUAACAAAACAUAGUAGUACUGAUAAUGCACCACUACCAGCAUUUUAUAAGCGAGUUAAAAGAGUUUUAAUCUUAGAAAACAAUCAAGUAAUAAAAGCAAUAAAUGAAGAUAAUGUCUACACUGUAGUACUUAAUCAGAGUACUUCUAUUCCUCAAACUGCAAAAGAUCUUUUAAGUAAAGUAUAUCCGUUCUCAAUAAUACCAAACUAUGUUGAACAAAUUCUUCGAAUUCAUCGUCCUGAUGGUAUUUUACUUAGUUUUGAUGAAGAAACAGCAUUACAUUGUGGUGUUCAUUUACAUGAAUCAGGUAUUCUUCAAAAAUAUUCAUGUAAUGUAUUAGAAACAUUGAUUCAAUCAAUUCAAAGUAUUACAGAUCAAUGUUUAUUUACACAAGAAAUGGCUGACAUUGGAGAAAAAGUUGUAUCAUAUGAAGUUGUUAAAUCUCUUGAAGAAACGUUGAUAUCAGCUGAACGAUUUGAUCAUCCAGUUCUUGUCUGUGCUACUUUUCCUGAGGGGGAUCGUAUAUCAGGUUAUACCGAUAAUCGUAAAGAAUUAAUUUCUUUAGUUACUUCAAUAUUAGCUGGUUUAUCACAAUCAUUAAUUGAUAAAUCACAAUCAUCAAUUGAUAAAUCAAAACUAUUAAUUGAUAAAUCAUUUAAAGAUUGGAGAAAAAUUGAAUAUGAAGUUGUCCGAAAACAAUAUAAUAAUUGUAUUGUGAUAUGUAAUAUGGAAAAUAUUGAUCCAUUAUCAUGUUGUACUGAUCAUUCAAUUGUUGUUGCAUCAAAUCAAACAUUAUCAAAUGAUGAAUAUAAUUUAUUACGAAGUGUAUCAAUUAAAUUUAUUCAUCAUUUGGGAUUAUCUCGUUUAUCUGCAUUAGCAUCAAAAACAACUGGUUAUCCAUUAGCAUAUAUAACAGUUAAACUUGCAUUUGGACUGAAUUUAGCUGAAUUAAUAAAUAAUAUUACGAAUCAAACGUGUGCUUGUUUUGAACCAAGUCUUGAUUAUGUUGUAAUUAAAAUUUCAAAAUGGAAUUUAGAUAAAUAUGAUCAAUGUUCAAACAAAACUGAAAGUAGUUCAACAACAGCUAUUCGUCACCGUUAUAUAAUCGAACAUUUAUAUGGUUUAACAAAAAUCAACCGAUGGUUUUUAUAUAAAUUUGAAACAAUUCUCAAAUUUAUUUUUACAUGUACUGAUCGAUUAGUUGGUGCAAAAAAAUUAUUUUUAUUUCAAGCAAAACAUUUAGGUUUUUCCAAUCAACAAUUAGCUAAUUGUCUGGACAUGUUUGAAGCUGAAGUUUUUCAAGCAUGUGAACAAUGUGGCAUUCGACCGUUUAUGAAGCAAAUCGAUACAGUAUUUGGUGAAUGA